AGUUACACACAUGCUCGACCACUCUCUAUUUCCACGAAUUAUGUAUGCAUUAAUUGUCGCGUCUGCACAUCCAGUGCCUUAAAACAAUUAACUAAAGCCCGAACCCAGUCACAGACUUCUCCGAUUAUCAAGUCAACAUCAACGAGAACAGCACUGGACCCCACGAUCAAUAAGGCUGUUUACAAGGGGUUUUCCGCUGUCUAUUAAUACAUCCUUGCAUGUGUUCGCCACGAGUGAAUCAGCAACUCAACUGUUGUGACUGUGAGACAAGUUAUUCAUGGAGACACACUCUGCAACGACUCCUGACACACAACAGCUGCGGGAGCAUGUGAGACGGCAGGUUCCUCCUACUUGAGGUGUGCGAUCCUUGUGUUGUAGAACGGCCCUCAUCAGCUAUGGUGACAGUACGACUGUGUAACUGUGUGAUAUCGAUCGUACUGGUGACAACAGUUUGUGUGGCGUCUCCUGCUCUGCCUGCCAGACCCACCACCACAUCUCCUUCAACAUCCACAGAGCACAUCUCCACAGAACGUACCACACCAGAACAUUCUGGCAACACCACGGUGGGCGACGCAUCCUGUUCUGCUGAAGGCAGCUGUUCUGUAAACAGAGCAGAUUUGGCCAAAACGAUAUUCCUGAGGUUGUCAAUCGUAGCGGCUUGUAUAUGUGUGUUCGUGGGUCUUGUGAAACUCUCUGUGUCAAUGAACAGACGCUGCACCUGUGACCUGGAGCGGAAACCCACAGUGAACUUCACCCGGAUAUGAUCCGAACAGAGGCGUUAUACCCACAGAAGGGACCAAAUCAGGAACUGAGGGUAUAUACCGAAUGUGCAUUUAAAUGGAUACAUAUGGAGCUAUUCUCCUAUAGAACGUUAUUUUGUGCAAAAAUGUCGUUGCAAUGGUAAAUUAUUUAUAAUUGAGUGUACGAGUGAUUUCUAUAUGUGAAUGAAUGAUACAUGUGCCAAGGUAUGUUGUUUCGAUGUGUAGUGCUAAUAUCUGAAGUAUGUUAUGUGGUACCUUCAGCAUAUGUGAGGGUAAGUAUACUGCUGGAACACAACGUCAUGGUGAUUCAUCAUAAAACAGUACAUAGGAACGGGCAUUUAUAUACAUGACACUAUCAUAUCUGGCCAUCUUACAGUUGUAAUCAGAAGGUUUGAUAAUUACAACAUGUAUAUUGAAAUGUUUGUGUGUACAUGUGAAAUAUCGGAAGUGCAAUAAACGAUUGUUACUUAA